AUGCCCGUCCAGUUUAUUAAGGCGUGGACAGGGAAGAAGAGGCGCCGCAAGUACCUAUCGCCAUCAUCUUCAGAUGCUCCUGCCACUGCCCAGCAACAUCAAGCCCCGAUUUCUCAUGCGACAGACAUGGAUGACACCAUCUUGGCACAAGAAGAAAGCGAUGAGCGCACCGGGGCGGGCGUCAUUCUCAACAAGGAAGACCAGGCCAGAUAUGCUAAACUUUUGCGUCCCAACAUUCCUCCGCCCAUUGAUCCGUACUCCAAUGUGGCAUGGGAGGACUACGACCAGGUAGAGGAGCGCCUUGCACGCGUUCGCAUCACCUGUUACAAGCCAGAGGCCGCACAUGAACUCAAGGAACCGGAAGAGUACACCGAGGAUGAACUUUGUCAGGAGUCCUACUUUCGGCAUUUGGAUGAUGAUGAAAGUUUCGAGUGGUUCUUCCAUCGCGACAAUAGCCAGAAACCUGAAUUGAAUGACUACCAACGCAUUGUCCUUCGUAAUUUCCUGCCUGAUAGUUGUGAACGCCAGUACUGCUAUCACGACGAUUACCGCUCACGUUAUCAUACAUAUGAAAUUGAUUCCGUUUAUGUCAAGUACUAUGGAGAAAUAUCAAAGAAAAUAAAGUGGAUUGCAGAUUAUUUGCAUCUGGAUCGCAGUACCGAGGCGUGGAGAAACAUGGAUACUAUAGCAUGGAGGCAAGCAUUGAGGAUUGCAACACACUUUCCCCAUAUGACUGUUCGUUUAGCUGCUUUUGCCUAUAAUGAGUACAUUAUUGAGCUGAACACAUAUGCGUCCCUCAAGGACAUAGAUCUUCUCUAUUUUGAGAUAUGGAGGCUUGUCGCCAAGGAAGAUAGGAGAUACUUAGAUGCUGUGAAGGAAGUAUAUGAAAUGGACAAGUUUGCUAUACACAAAAGGGUACUACAUGCUGAACUGAAUGCGUUGCCUGUCUUUGUAACAAUAAAGCAAAUGAUUUAUUCUAUUGUCAAGGAGGGUGGCAUUGAUCUGAAGGCUAAAGAGGAUGAAGCUCGGGCUGUGUUUAGCAAGUUAGCUUUCAGGAAGCAUAAAACAAUGAACAUGGCGCAGUACGCUGAAAAGAAGAUGGAGAUCGCAGAUCGGUUGGGUUUGGACAAAAAGAUAACAAACUUCAAAACUCUGGUGCAAGAACGAAACCCAUCGAAGCUUGAUCUUGACAAGUUCGAUUGUUUUCAGCCCAAAGGGGAAGCAUUUUUAGGCGUACCUUUUUUUGGCAGGUUUGAUUGUGGGUUCUUUGUUAUUCUGUACAUGGAGAAUCUAAUAGCAAGGGGGAUGAAGCCAUUCAACACGGUUUUUGCGCUGAAGGACUAG